AUGUAUCGAGAAAUGCUCAAUCAGGGUAUUGAGCUCUAUUGCGAGAUGUGGCCGUGCGACAGAGAGUGUGGAAAGUUUCACGAACGAUUCAUUAACACGACAAGUAAGUUAUCGACUUAUCUCGGAAUCCAAUUAAAUGAUAUUUUUAGAACUACGUCGCAUGAGAACUCUAUCGGAAUCCAUUGAUCAUGCUCCAAUUGCUGACGGUUUAGAUAACAAAUUCUAAAAGUUUGACUAUGAAUAUGUUUUCAGAAAAUCGCGCAAAAGCAAAAGGUGUAUUCGAGGAAAUCAUGGAAAUGGCAGCUCGGAAAGUGAGUGAUGAAAAUAGACUGUUCUUCAGUUUCUAUGCUUUUGCGAUAGUUAAUACAAGUUUCUCACAAAUACACGUUGCACACACACACACACACACACAAACAAUACAAAUUGCAAAGAAAAGUGCUGAAGAGCUUAUAACUCUCUUUUUUCAGGAUUCGCAAAAGUUCAUCGAAGUGCCGCUUCCACCGUUGCCGGAGGAAUAUCAGGCAAUCACUUUUGGCAGCGGGGGACAAAAGCCUCGAGGAUCGGACACAACAAUGAUAUUCUUCGACAAUCCUGUCUGGGACGAUGCCAAAUUUCGACAGGAAUUACUCGAUUCUGACGAUGAAAAGUACUCAAUCGGUAACUUUAACCUAAAAGUGAAUUGAAAUAGGAUGAAUCUUUAGGGGAUGCCCCAUACAUCAUGGAUGAUGACGAUACUUUGGAUAACAUUUUGAGGUAAAGUGAUUCAUGAUUGGCAGAUAAUCAAAAUUGAAAAUUUGCAGAGAUACUCACCACGAAUCAGCGUCGAAUCCGAUUGAACACUAUCAAACGGACGAAACUAUUCUUACCGAUGACGAUGAACAUGGUAAUUUACUAAAAGCUGACAUUUUAGAGUAAAAAUGAAUGAUGUUUCAGAUUACAGCAGUCUCGAUUUGUCAAAGACAGCAAAUGGUGAGUUACUGGGAGCACAACCAACUUGAACAUUCUCAAUUUGCAAUUCAGGUGGGAGCCGAGUUCAAAGACAGCCAUUUCUGCUGCAAACACUGAGAUCGCCAGAUGCCAAAUAUGAAAAAAGUCUCACUGAUAUUUGA